AUGCUCAAAGCCACCGCAAGGAAAAUGACGGAUCCAUACAAAUCGAAGCUGAAGCUCAGUGCCAGUCACGGUGGCUCCAAUCCACUGCCCGUCGAGCCGCUGCCGGAGGAGGCUACCAAUGGUGGCCAGACAUCCCCCCAGAAGCUCAGCUUGAAGGGCAGCCAGCUGGGGGGGAGUAUUUUGAUUGGCAACUACAAUUACUUGACCCAGCUGGAGGUAUGCGAAAACGAAAUGGAGGUCUUGGACCUCAGCUCGCUGGCUCAACUGGAGAUGCUUAAGUGUAGCCGCAACAAGCUGAUGGAGCUAAUAAUCAAUGCAACCAAUCUUCAGGCUCUGGUAGCUGAUCGAAAUUACCUGCACAACAUCUCGACUACAAACACGCAUCCUGUCCCUCUGAAGCUCCAUCGCAUCGACAUCUCCCACAACAACUUCAGUGAGCUGCCCAACUGGAUUGGGGCCUGUACAUCCCUCGUCUCCUUGGAGUCCUCACACAAUCGUUUGAGCAACAUGACAGGAUUGCUUCGCAACUACAGGAUCAGCCAGUUAGCCACCUUGAAUCUGGCCUACAAUGACUUGAAGCAAAUGGAGCUGCUGCCAGAAGCCUUUGGCAGCGUACAGAGUCUCCAGCUGCAGAGUAACGAACUACAGGCUCUGCCGGAUAACUUCUUUGCCGUGACCCAUGCCCGACUGGACACGUUGAAUGUCUCCUGCAACAAGUUGGCCACUUUGCCACGCUACGAGCAGAAUAACCACGCCGCCCUGAUUAAUCUCUUCCUGUCCGGAAACCAACUUAACGACACCAUUUUCGAGUCAUUGCACAAUGCUGCCAAACUGAGGGUCCUUCAUCUGGCCUACAAUCGCAUAGGACUGGUACCCGCAACCUGCAUCCGCAACUGGCAGGAUCUGGAGAUCCUGGUUCUGUCGGGCAAUAUGCUUCAACAACUUCCCGAGGAGGUGGCCACCCUUGGCCAGCUGAAAGUGCUCCGCUGCUGCAACAACCUUCUCCUGAGCACGCCACAAUUGGCCAAAUUGGGAAAAUUGAAGGUCCUGGAUCUCUCGCACAAUCACCUGGAUCGGGUUAAUCUGGUGGCAUUAGUUCCGACGAGGAAUCUCAAGUACCUGGAUUUAUCAGGGAACCUUCAAUUACAGGUGGACGAGCAACAAUUCAAGGUUUGUCAGACGCAGAGCCAACGGCACUGGAGCCUGAUCGACGUGUCUGGCAACAACCGAGCUGCUUUGCCCACGACCACUCUCCGACAGGUGAACGUGCAAAGGAGUCAGAACAAGUCGGCGCCGUGGAGUAUGGGAUUUGCGGAAACUCCAGGCUCUGGGGAUUGCCGGAAGCUUUCGGUCUGUCAGCUUAGGGCUCCCAACUAUGGCGGAUCCGAUGAGGCGCUCUACGGAAUGUUCGAGGCGAUGGAGGGCCAGGGCCGUGUGGCCCAAGAUAUGGUUCAACUCAUUCCCGAUCUAAUGAAGCAGGAGCAGUUGGUCAAGGAAGCGGCAAUGAAGGAUUACAUCAAGUUUACGCUGCUGGCGGCGCAGCAGCAAUGCGGCAGGGUGAGAAGUGCCGCAGUGUUCCAUCUCACCAGGACACGGGCUCCAUCGAAGGUCAGACCUCUGAAGAGCAAGCGUUAUGUUCUACGCAUGGCCUGCACUGGUCGACUGGACUCAUACCUUGUCAGACGAACAGCCCAGUUGCGUCUAACGGAAACGGAAACUGAGCACGGUCCCGCAAUGGCAUUAAGGGAUCCACAUGUCUUGGAGCUCACCCUCAGCAAUGACGACGAGUAUCUGGUGGUGGGCAAUGCCCAACUAUGGUCUGUAAUGGACAUUGAUCGGGCUGCCCGAGAGAUCCGCAAGGAGGAGAACGCCUUGCUGGCAGCCAAGCGGCUAGUGGACAUCGCCCAGAGUCUGGGGGCAAUGGAAAACCUCAGUGUGAUUGUGGUGCGUUUCCGGCACCUGGGCACCGACGUGGACCACCUUAUCCGGGAACUGAAGCAGAGCGUCCGUAAGAAGCCUGCACCGGUUCCCGUGCCAGCGUCUACUGUGUCUGUCUGCAAACGCACCUGCUGUGACCGAAGUAAUGCCUGCAGGCACCGAGCCAUCGAGCAGGAGCCCCUGGCUGGUCGAUCAUCGCCGAGCGGCCAGAGUGAUCGAGAUUUGUUGGCCAAGGACAAGGCGGACGGAGGCGGAGACGAGUUCGUGUUGGCCCACGCUCGGGUCCUUCAGGAGGAGCAGCAACUAGAGAUGCUUGACGAGACGGAAUCGGUUCUCUCUGAGGAGCAGUUCAAGUGCUGGGAGUACAUGUUGGAACAGAACACGCAGCUCCUCUUCGAUAAGGAGCUGAAUACCAUUUCCAAAUCCUUUACCAAGCAGCGACCCAUGCCCAGUGCCAUCCUGGCUGCUCCAGUUACGGAUCGCAACGACUUCACCUCGAACCUGAUGCGCAGCGUGACCAACAAAUUCAUCUCCUCCAGCACCCCGCAACUGCCACAGCCUCUGGCCUGCUCCACACCGAACUCUGUCCCCCUGGGAUCGUAUCCACACAUCAAGCAGCCGGUCCCUGGACAUUUCGGCAGUGCCCUAUCCUUCCAACAGGCACACAGCUAUGGAUACAAUUUGUUUGAUGCAAAGGCGCGCAAGUUCUCCGGAAGCUCCGCCAAGCGAGGCGGAGGACCCCAUUCGGCAUAUUUCGGAUCCCUCCAACGCCUAAUGCCCUACAACUUUGAGUACGAUUUCGCGGUGACUCAAGAACGGGAUCGGAACAUCUUGGACGAGGAGGAACACGACGAGGAUGAGUUCAAUGAGCAUGAGAGCCGUAUGCGAAAAUACUGGGGAGUGGCUACCACAGAACUCUAG